UAAAAUGAUAAAAAUUAUUCUAUUAUUGCUCAUCUCUACAGCAUUAGCAGAUCCGUACAAAGGAUACUGGGGUGUGGGCAACAACCUAUUAGACGAAAUCCAGAGUGGAAAGGAACAGAUCUUGGUAAUCACGUUUAUUAAUCCCCACCACUCGCCAGAAUACCCUGAUAGGCUAGCCUUGAAUAGCCAGGUCGAAUCCGAACUCGAUGAUUUCAUUAUUGUCAAGCAUAACAAUAACCCAAUGAAGAUCAGACAUGCUGUUGUUGACAUUACAGAUCAGCGCAAUAGACAUUUACUGGACAAGCUUGAUUUCAGAACCAGGUAUACCAAUGAAGGACCCAUCGUCUAUGUUUCCAGUAUGGGCAAUGGCAUUUUCAACUGGGGCCCAACCACUGCAGAAAGAGUUGAGGACGUCAUAAAAGAUUUACAAAAAGAUGCCCAGGAAAAAUCCAAUUCCAGUAGAUAGUUUGGUUAAAUUCCUAGAUUAUUAAUAUGAUUUAAAAUUUAUCAGGCCUAACGUAUUCAAU